AUGGUCCUUCCAAUAUAUGAACAAGAUUAUCCAAUACUAUUAGGUGGACCAUUAGAAGAGCCGUAUCGUUUCAACCACGUUGUAUUUCAUUGGGGAAAAAGCGAUAAUCUUGGAAGUGAACAUGCGAUAAACGGAAAAAAAUUUCCUUUAGAAAUACAAGCGGUUCAUUACAAUGAUAAUUAUGACUCGUAUUCUGAAGCGUUAAAUUCACCAAAUGGAAUUGCGAUAGUAUCAUAUCUUUUUAAUAUAAACGAGAAAACUACUGGUGAUUUAGCCUUAGAUCUUAUUCAAAAACCAUUUGAAAUGUUGGCAAGUGUACCUACAGGUGAAGUUGAAUUGGAUUACGCUUUUCCAAUCUCUUUGUUAACACCGCCUAUUUAUAAACGAUAUGUAACCUACAAUGGGUCUUUAACGUUACCGCCCUGCAGCGAAAACGUUAUUUGGAUCGUUAAUUAUAAACCAAGAUCAAUAACGAUGUUGGAAAUGGAAAAAUUUCGAAUGUUAUACAAUAAUAGCGAGGGCCUUAUCAAUAAUUUUCGACCGCUUCAAAUGACUAAUCAAAGAGAUAUUUAUAUUGUUAAAUAA